AUGGCUGCAUACCCGGUGUUCGAUGUUAGAUCCUCAUAUUUUACAGAGGAUUGUGAAAAGUCCGUCUUUGGCAUGCCUCAAAUGCCCUUGAAUAUGAUCAAGGAGCACAUGGCCAAAGUUAAAGAUGGAAGGCUACCAUCUAUUGUGUCUAGCGACCCAAAAGGUGAGAGGACUGAGUUGAUGUUUGCGUUCAUCCAGCGCGGGGCUUACCGGGACUCAUUCCCUCCGGAUCAAAGGCAAAACGCUAUCUUGGAAAGACUGGAGGAUGGGUCCAGAUUCCCCAGAGGUGGUGUCUUUGUGAUGCAUGGGAGAGACGAUACAGUCGUACCCAUUGAAGGAAGCUUCAUGCUACAGAAUGACUUGCUUCGGCUAGACCCUGAGCUGAAAUUUCAUCUCGCGGCCCGAGAUGGAGAACAUGGAUUUGAUGGGACAUCUACUCUUGAUGAAGAGUGGUUGGCGACUGGAUUAGCUGAUGUGGUUUCAUCUUGGUUAGCCUAA